AUGAGCGGAGACAGCGACGAUUCGCAGUACCCAUGGGCAUCCUACCCACUCGAUGGUCAUGAUGAUCUUGGCUUGCUCCACCUCGCAUCAGUCUUCCGACCGCUCGAUGAAGUCUUUUUCGCAGUGUGGAACGGUGCUGCGCAAAACUGCAGUAAAGAGUGGUUAAUCCAGCUCGAGAACGAUGUUCGCACCGCGCUGCCCACUGAUCUCGAACUUUCGAACGAAGAGAUUGCAAAUGUUCGCAUAUCGCAAUUCUGGCUACAGAUCAAACUGUGGGAGCUGUUUCCCCGCUUCGGGUUUCUCUCUACAGAGUCUGUCUACGAUUGCUUGACAUUCAGAUACCCCAUUCUGGUUGGCAAAGACUUGACCAUUCUCUCAAUGAAGCUACCCGUUCAGAGUCUGCAGAUACAUGGCGUGGGCAUGACGGAAAAGGUAUUCGACAUAGCCUGCGCUUUAGCGGACGUUCUUCAUUUCGUGCCUCGGUCUGCAUCACAUGCCGAGCUCAGCCCCUCAGAUUACUUGACCCAGUUGAUGCUGUUGAUAGCAAAGCUACCAGGCGGCUCUUCUAAGUUCAUACCUUUGCUGCUAGCCAAAGUCAAUGAACUACUUCCCGAUCUGCUGGAGCACGUAUGCGAAGCGAUCCAAAUGCCCGUCCCCACUAAUCGCAACCCCAUGAGCCCGGAUACACGAUUUGUAUAUGAAGAGGAGGUUGGUAGAGGCCUUCACGCAGACUUGAGGAGAACAUUGUAG